CCUGGUGCUGCUUUAUAUGUCAGCAGCAGCCUCAUCAGAUCAUAACAUCUAGAUCAUCUAGAAGACGCCGUUUGAUUUAAAACACAAAAACAUGCAGAUUUUAGAUCUUUUACUCCAAUCUUACACUUCGAUUUCCCUGGUGGGAUUUCUGGCCGUCUUGGUCAUUUACUUCAUUUCUAACUUCAUCUUCAGUUCAGGGCAGCAUGCAGAGGAGCCACCAGGACCCAGACCACUUCCUAUUAUUGGGAAUUUGUUGCAGAUUGACCUGAAAAGACCCUAUAAAACAUUCGAGGAGUUCUCCAGGACAUAUGGACCUGUGUUCACCGUGUUCUUGGGAGGCCAAAAAGUUGUUGUCCUGGCAGGCUACAAGACGGUAAAAAAUGCACUUAUCAACCGUGAUGAAGAGUUUGGAGAAAGAUCCAUACCUCAUAUAUUCCAUGAAUUAAGCAAAGGACAUGGGGUUUUGUGGACAAACGGGGACACCUGGAGAGAAAUGCGACGUUUUGCCUUAACCAACAUGCGAGACUUUGGCAUGGGCAAGAAAGCGUGUGAAGACAAAAUUACUGAGGAGUGUCAGUAUCUUCUAGAAGUUUUAAAAAAAUUCAAAGGAAACGCUUUUGACACAACUAAACCAGUGAACUAUGCAGUGUCUAACAUCAUAUGCUCAAUGGUGUACGGCAGCAGGUUUGAAUAUGACGAUCCAAAAUUCACAACAAUGGUGGAUCAAACAAACAGAACCAUUCAACUCAUUGGAUCUUCCACCCUCCAGGCUUACAACAUGGUGCCGUGGCUCUUCAAGUGGGUUGGAAGCCGAAGGGUAGUCCAUGAGUAUUCAGAUGCCAUCAAGAAACAGAACAGAAGCAUUUUCCGUCAUUUGAAAGAGACCCUGAACCCUCAGAUGAGCCGAGGAUUUGUGGAUGCAUUUUUCGUCAAAAGGCAAACCCUAGAGGACUCUGGGAUCACUAACAGCUCCUUCAACGAUGAAAACCUUUUGAUUACAGUCCUCAAUCUGUUUGCUGCUGGUACUGAAACAACAUCAGCAACACUGAGGUUUUGUCUUCUGCUUAUGGCUAAGUACCCAAAAAUACAAGACCAGGUCCGGGAUGAGCUGAGAAGGGUCAUUGGCGAUCGUCCGAUUCAAGUUACAGACAGGAAGAAUCUGCCUUUUAUCGACGCUGUUAUUCACGAGACCCAGAGAGUGGCCAGCAUCCUCCCCACUGCUCUUCCUCAUAAAACCUCCAAGGACAUCCAUUUUCAAGGCUACUUUAUUAAGAAGGGAACAACUGUGUUUCCACUUCUAACUUCUGUCCUCCAUGAUCCCAAUGAGUGGGAGAAGCCAGAUACCUUUUAUCCGAAGCACUUCCUGGACAAAGAUGGGAAGUUUGUAAAGCGGGAUGCCUUUAUUCCAUUUUCUGCAGGUCGUAGGAUUUGUCUUGGAGAAAGUCUGGCCAGGAUGGAGGUCUUCAUGUUCUUCACCACCCUCCUGCAGCAUUUCCGUUUCACUCCGCCACCUGGAGUUUCAGAAGAGGAACUGUGUCUGACUCCAUGUGGAGGCAUAACUCUCAGCCCUUUGCCUCAUAAACUCUGUGCUGUUUCAUGCUCAGAAUAGGAAGCAUCACAAUUACAAAUCCAUUUUUAAUGGUCUCAGUUUAAGAAAUUAGAAAAUUACUUUGUUGAGCGGCUUUAGAUUUAAAGUGCUUCCUAGCCAUACUGUAGAUCACCUUUUGCUGUCUGUUGUUAUUUUUGCAACAAAUAAAGAUUACAAUUUAGUGGA